AUGGUUUUGGAAGCAACGAUGGUUAUUGUCGAUAAUAGCGAGCCCAGCAGAAACGGCGACUAUACUGCCACACGAUGGCAAGCACAGAUCGAUGCCGUGGGUGUCAUUGUCUCUGCAAAGAUUCGAGCAAAUCCACAGUCUGCGGUCGGCCUCAUGAGUAUGGGUGGUAACGGACCAGAAGUUCUCUCGACCUUUACAGACGAUUUCGGCAAGAUCUUAUCAGGACUGCAUCGCACCAAGAUUCACGGAAAGUCACAUCUCGCAUCGAGUAUACAAGUUGCCGGCCUAGCUUUAAAGCAUCGCUCGGAGAAAGCCCAACGACAAAGAAUAAUCGUCUUCUCAUGCGCCCCCGUAACCGAGGACGAGAAAUCGCUCAUCAAACUCGCCAAAAGAAUGAAGAAGAACAACGUAUCUAUUGAUGUCGUCGCAUUCGGAGACUUGGACUCCGACACCACAAAGAAACUAGAGGCAUUCGUCGAAAAUGUCAAAGGAGGCGACGGUUCGCACUUGGCCAUUAUCCCCCCCGGCCCGAACCUACUCAGCGAGGAGCUCCUGGUUACUCCAAUUAUGGGCGGCGAGCCUGGCGCCGGUGUUGGCGGUGGAGACGAAGGUGGUGAUGGAUUCGGGUUCGAAGACGCCGCGGAGAACGAUCCCGAGCUUGCUUUUGCUUUGCGAUUGUCGCUGGAGGAAGAGAAGAACAGGCAGGAGAAGGAAAGGCGAGAACGUGAAGAGCAGGAAGGUAAAUCUGCGUUGGAGAAUAUUCCCGAAGAAACCAAGGACGGCGGCGAGUCAUCCAAGGAUAAUGAUAAGAUGGACACUGUUUAG